GAGGUUAUAAAUGCACGGGCCACGGCCAGGCCCCACAGGAGCAGCCGCCCCGGGCACCGGAGCUGUGGGCCGUGAGGCUGGGAUGAGCGCCAGCGCGGGCGGUAGUGGCGGCUGCGGCGACAGUGGCGGCAGCAGCAGCAGCUCGCAGGCCUCCUGUGGGCCUGAGUCCUCAGGCUCUGAACUAGCCCCAGCCACACCGGCACCUCCAAUGCUUCAGGGGCUCCUGGGCUCUGACGAUGAAGAACAGGAAGACCCCAAGGACUACUGCAAGGGUGGCUACUACCCAGUGAAGAUCGGUGACUUGUUCAAUGGGCGGUACCACGUGGUGCGAAAACUGGGCUGGGGCCACUUCUCUACCGUCUGGCUCUGCUGGGACAUCCAGCGCAAGCGCUUCGUGGCCCUAAAAGUGGUGAAGAGUGCCGGGCACUAUACUGAGACAGCUGUGGAUGAGAUCAAGCUCCUGAAAUGUGUCCGGGACAGUGACCCCAGUGACCCCAAAAGAGAGACCAUUGUUCAGCUCAUCGAUGACUUCAGGAUCUCAGGGGUUAACGGAGUUCAUGUGUGCAUGGUGCUGGAGGUCCUGGGCCACCAGCUCCUCAAAUGGAUCAUCAAGUCCAACUACCAGGGUCUGCCUGUGCCCUGCGUGAAGAGCAUUGUGAGGCAGGUGCUGCAUGGCCUAGACUACCUCCACACCAAAUGCAAGAUCAUCCACACGGACAUCAAGCCUGAGAACAUCCUGCUGUGUGUGGGUGAUGCCUACAUCAGGCGCCUGGCAGCAGAAGCCACAGAGUGGCAGCAGUCAGGGGCCCCACCCCCAUCCCGCUCCACAGUCAGCACUGCCCCCCAGGAGGUCUUGACUGGUAAGCUGUCCAAAAAUAAGAGGAAGAAGAUGAGGCGCAAGCGGAAACAGCAGAAGCGGCUGCUAGAGGAGCGGCUGAGGGACCUGCAGAGGCUGGAGGCCAUGGAGGCUGCAGCCCAGGCUGAGGAUUCUGGAUCAAGACUAGAGGGGGGCAGCGGCUCUACCUCCUCUUCAGGCUGCCACCCUGGGGGCACCAGGGCUGGCCCCUCCCCAGCCUCCUCCUCCCCUGCCCCUGGAGGUGACCGCAGCCUCAGCCCCAGUUCGCAGACCUCUGGCUUCUCAGGCUCUCUCUUCUCGCCGGCCUCCUGCUCCAUCCUUUCAGGCUCAUCCAAUCAGCGUGAGACUGGGGGUCUCCUGUCACCCAGCACACCAUUUGGUGCCUCAAACCUCCUGGUGAACCCCCUGGAGCCCCAAAAUGCAGACAAGAUCAAGAUCAAGAUUGCAGAUCUGGGCAACGCCUGCUGGGUGCACAAGCACUUCACUGAGGACAUCCAGACUCGGCAGUACCGGGCUGUGGAAGUACUGAUCGGUGCAGAGUAUGGCCCCCCGGCAGACAUCUGGAGCACAGCAUGCAUGGCCUUCGAGCUGGCUACCGGUGACUACCUGUUUGAGCCUCACUCAGGAGAAGACUACAGUCGUGAUGAGGACCACAUUGCUCACAUCGUGGAGCUUCUGGGAGACAUCCCCCCAGCCUUUGCCCUCUCAGGCCGUUACUCCCGAGAGUUCUUCAACAGGAGAGGAGAGCUGCGGCACAUCCACAACCUCAAGCACUGGGGUCUAUAUGAGGUGCUCAUGGAGAAGUAUGAGUGGCCCCUGGAACAGGCCACACAGUUCAGCGCCUUUCUGCUGCCCAUGAUGGAGUACAUCCCUGAAAAGCGGGCCAGUGCCGCCGACUGCCUCCAGCACCCCUGGCUCAACCCCUAGGUCCUGCUACAGCUGUGGGCAGCAGGGGUUGGGUCUGCCUCUGCCCCUAGCUCUCAGUGCCUUGAGGGAAAGCAGGGUGAUUCCCACCACCCUGCAACAGCUGCCCUCUCUUACCCUGCUGAAUGCCAGCUUUUUCACCCACCCAUGACAGGACACAGAGAUGCUCGGGUCAGGCCCAUGUCUCAGAACUUGCCUGCCCACAAUUCUGGAAGAUCCUCCGGGUGGGAAAGUAUGUGUUUCUUUCUUAAUAAAGCGUGAA